CCCAAGUUUGCCAAGAAUCAGCAGCUCACAGUUUCCCAGUUGAAUUUCCUGUGGAUUGUUCUCCUCCCCUCACAAGAAAACAUUAGCCUUGUCUGGGGAGCAGCAAAUUAGGGGCCUUCUUUUGGGAUGGUCCUGGUGAGAUUUUCUGUUCAUUUUAGCAUAAGAGUAGCUCAAACAGAAAAACAGAUUUCUUGAUUCUGUUGAUUGUUCCCAUCAGCAAAAAUGUCCCCUUAUUGACUCCAACCAUCAAAUUCUGCGCCUUCCUCCUUUCUGUUUCUUUUUUCAGAUAAAGAGUUUUUCUAUUUUGAAUGUUUUUUGAUGGGCUUGAGAAGAAUUAGUCUCCAACAAUUACUAACGCCCAUGAGCAUCUAGCCUGCAUUUCUGGGCAACUUUCUUUUGUCCCGUUUCAACUCCCAUUUCAUGCAAAAAGAAGAGACAAAAGAUGGGACACAAUCUCACUGACCCCAACACCACCACAACCACCUCCAUUCCAGAGAGGAACAAGAACAUCUUCCCUUGAAAUUGCAGAAAAGUUCACAAACACAUAACCAAUAUAUAUCCUGGAAUUCUUUAAAAAAAUUCCGGAGUUGACCCACCAAAGCUCGAAAAAGAAAGACCAGAACGAUUCCAUUUUAACACACACAAACCCAUCGGAAUGAGUUUUCUGUGCACGUGCAACUGAUCCCACCCUCCAGUUGUGUUCAUGACAAAAGGAAUUGCAUCAACACGACAACAACAGCAGCAGCAUCAUCAGAACGAUGGACGAUCAACCGGGUCGAGUAGUAGUGGUUCUGGCAGUGCUGGCAGCGGUGGAGGUGGGCUGGUGCUGAAGAAGGGGCCAUGGACGGCAGCAGAAGAUGCGGUGUUGAUCGAACAUGUGAAGAAGAAUGGAGAGGGGAACUGGAAUUCGGUGCAGAAGAACACAGGUCUACCCCGGUGUGGCAAGAGUUGCCGGCUCCGGUGGACCAACCACCUCCGACCCAACUUGAAGAAAGGCUCUUUCGCUCCCGAGGAAGAGAGGUUGAUCCUUAAGCUGCAUGCGCAGCUUGGCAACAAAUGGGCCCGCAUGGCCACCCAGCUACCUGGGCGGACAGACAACGAAAUAAAGAACUAUUGGAAUACGAGAAUCAAGCACCGGAUCCGUCAAGGCCUCCCUCUAUACCCUCACGACAUCACUCCUGAACAUCUGCCGUCUUCAUCAGUACCGCGGGCGAUGGAACCCCGAUUGAAUACAACCUCCCAGCUUCACACUCCGACCCCAAUCCGAAUCCUAAUCCCACCAAUACCCACCAGCCAACACUUGCCACAAACUCCCAGCAGCAUGCUUCUCUCACCUCAGUGUUCUCAGCAUUAUCUCAACUCAAGCUUCUUUUAUCCCUCCCCCUCCCUUGGUUGUCCUGCAAGCAUAUUCACCAAUACCUGCACCACUCCAGUUCUUGCGUCCUCUCUACUCAGGUUGAAGGGUAGUUAUGAGGACACCACCAAGUUUUCACUCUCUUUUCCACCUAUCUCGCUCGGUUCUUCUCCGCUUCCAUCUGUUCCUACACCAACCCAGUUGCCUAACAUGGGUUCUUUUCAAUUCAGUCCACUGAGUUGCAAUGUGAGUUCACCUCAGUAUGUGCAGACUCAGCUGGAUUCAGACAGAUACUCAUCAACCGUUUCAGUUUUUCCCUCAAAAUCAGAGCUCCCUUCAAGCCAAUUGUACCUAAUCCAACCAGAGACCGACGAGAAGCAGAGACGGGGUAUGCAUUGGAGUGAUAGUGGUUUAAUGGAGGAUUUGCUGGAUGACACUCAAGCACUAUCUAAUCAAAACCCACAGACGCAAAGUUUCAUGAACUUGCAAGCGGAGAAGCUCAACGUCUCCUUGAGGUCUGGUUGUGAUUGGCAUGCUGGAAGCUCUUUGAAUACCUCUGCAGCGAACUGGGGCCAUUCCCAUUCUGAGAUCGACACUCGUAAAGGUUUUGAUUUGCCUUUGGUACAAGAAGGAAUCAAAGUUGAGAAAGAUUCUCCACAGCGGAUCUCCUCCAUGCAAGAUGAAGAUUUGUCGAAGCUACUUAAUGCCAUCCCUUCGACCCUUCAGACAGGGAAUCCAGAGCAUUCCACCCCUGACCUCAACACUCACGGCAAUAUUUGUUUACCUUUGGCACAAGAGGCGCGGCUGGAAAAGGAGAACUUGGACCCGAUCCCUUCCAUGCGAGCAGAUGAAUCAAAGCUUCUGAACGUCAUCCCUCCGGCAAUUCAGCUUUCUUCAGGAUACAACAGUAGCAGUGAAUUCUGCAGCAGGCAAUCAUCAAGUUACGUAUCUGCCGGGGAAGAUGUUACCAUGGGAGAGCUCAAGAUGCAACAGAUGGCACCUGUCACUUCCAGUCAGUACUGCUAUCGACAAGGAAAGAACUCCCGUCCCCAGCUCUUGGAACAACUUCCGCGGAAUUUGCUGAGGCACAUGCAGGAAUGACAGGAAGCUGUUCGACUAUUCACCUUCUUAUAAGAUCGUCUAGAUUGGGCUCUAGAGGGGCUUAUUACCUAUAAUAUCUAUGUACAUCGAGCUGAUGAAAACUGACAUUGGCUAUAUCUGGAGAAACUGCAUCCUUUUGGAUUAUGUUAUCAUAGUAUGUCUGUUUUCCUACUUUCUAAACACAUAUGUAUAUAUCAUAUGAUUCUAUCUAAUGUUAUGACUUUAAUAUG